AUGGUCUAUCAAAUGAGCAGCGCAAGAGGCUUACAAUUAAUAGCUGUGGAGCUUGUUGCCAACCCGUCUAUUAUCUCCAUGGUUGAACCAACAACGGGUUUGGAUACAAGAGCAGCUGCAAUAACUGUUAUGCGAGCUGUGAAGAAUGUGGCUGGUACAGGAAGGACAAUUGAAUCAUUUGAUGAGGUUUGGGUUUUAUUUCUGCUGUGUUGUUCUUCAAACCUGAAAUCACCCGACGACUCCGACCGCUCAACCAUUGCUGAAAUGAACACACAACAUAAUGAUGUUUGGGACCUUCCUCUCAUCCUAGAAAAGUUGCGAGAUACAGAAUGUUCUCUUCUCCGUGAAACAAGAUUCUUCGACUCAAACACACUUCUUCAUGUUGCAGCAAGCUUAGGCCAUGAUCAGAUUGUAGAAGCGAUCCUCUCGAAACAACAGUGCCAAGAACUUUUAACGGCAAAGAACUCCACUGGCGACCUUCCUCUUCAUGUAGCUGUGAAUGCUAGGCAUCUGCCUAUAGUUCAGCAGUUGCUCAAGUCGUCUUACCAGUGCCAAGAACUUUUAACGGCAAAGAACUCCAGUGGCGACCUUCCUCUUCAUGUAGCUGUGAAUGCUGGGCAUCUGCCUAUAGUUCGACUGUUGCUCAAGUCGUCUGACCAGUGCGAAGAACUUUUAACGGCAAAGAACUCCAGUGGCGACCUUCCUCUUCAUGUAGCUGUGAAUGCUGAGGAUCUGCCUAUGGUUCAACUGUUGCUCAUGUCGUCUGACCGGCGCCAAGAACUUUUAACGGCAAAGAACUCCAAUGGCGACCUUCCUCUUCAUCUAGCUGUGAAUGCUAGGCAUCAGUAUAUGGUUGAACAGUUGCUCAAGUCUUCUGACCAGUGCCAAGAACUUUUAACGGCAAAGAACUCCAAUGGCGACCUUCCUCUUCAUCUAGCUGUGAAUGUUGGGCAUCUGCAUAUAGUUCAACAGUUGGUCAAGUCGUCUUACCAGUGCCAAGAACUCUUAAUGGCACAAAACUCCAAUGUCGACGUGGCUUGUAAACUACUAAGUGCCCGUUUGGUUCCACUUUUUCAGUCCAAAACGGGCGUUUUCAAAAAAGCUAAGCCCAUAUUUGCGUUUGAUGCUCCUCCAGCACCAAAGGGUGCGGGAAUGGCUCAUAGUGACGCUAAAAUGAGGAAUGCUUCCAUUAACUCAAUCAAAUCUAAGCUGGAGAGAUGUCCCCAGAAGUCAGAAGACAAAGUUACAAGUAUGGAUCCUAAAUUGUAUAAGGCUGUAAAGAGUAAGAAUAUUGAUUUCAUCAAAAAUAAAGCUGAAGAUAUGGAACAUCCUGCUCUCUCGGACAAAACCCCCGAAUUAAAUACAAUCCUUCAUCUUGCUGCUGCAAGCUCAGACAAUAAACAAUUUGUAGAAGAAAUCCUAGAAAUCGAACUAUGCGGACAAUUUGUCACGGAAAAGAACUCCAAUGGCGACCUUCCUCUUCAUGUAGCUGCAAGUGCUGGGAAUAUGCAAAUGGUGGAACUCUUAGCUGCAAGUGUACCACUAAUAAAAGAGAAAAAUAUGGAGGGGAAUACUCCUUUGCACCUAGCCUUGAUAAAAAAAUUCCAAGUGGGUGCUAAUUUGGCUUUGAAAGCCGAGUACAAUAAGGUGGCCAAGUUCUUGGUUGAGAAAUGUCCAGAGGUGUCCUUUUAUCCAAAUAGGGAACGCAAGUCUCCUCUCUAUUUGGCGGCAGAAGGAGGAGAUGAAGAGCUCAUGAGGCACAUGAUAACUACCAAUUGCCUGCCAUAUGGCAAAUCAAUUGUUCACGCUGCCAUUUAUUAUCUCAUGACAACUACCAACCUGCCAUAUGGCAAAUCAAUUGCUCACGCUGCCAUUUAUGGUUCCUUUACUGCGAGAAAAAAAGAUAUGUUAGAUACUGUUUUGGAAAGCCUGCCAAAUGAUAUCCUCACAGUGAAAGACGAUGAAGGGAUGACUCCUCUUACCUAUGCAGCAUCAAUAGGUUAUCUUAGUGGUAUUAAAAGCUUACUAAGAAAAACUACAAUACCUUGUGUAUAUGGGGAACAUUCGCGCUAUUAUCCCAUUCAUAUAGCAACCAAGAAAGGUCAUAUUAAGGUAGUUAAAAUGUUUCUUGAUGAAUAUCCAGAUAUGAUUGAGUUACUCACUGACGAGGGUCAAAACAUGUUGCACGUAGCUGCUAUGUAUGGGAAAGCCAAAGUGUUAGCUUAUAUGCUAAAAAGGCAUGAUCUUAAAGUUGAAAUGCUUAUCAAUAAUAAAGACCAAAAUGGAAACACCCCUUUACAUUUGGCCGCCAUGAGAUGGCAUCCUAUGGUUGUUAGCAUGUUGACAUGGGACAAAAGAGUUGAUUUAAAGGCUUUGAAUAAUGAAGGUGAGAGAGCGCUUGACAUUGCAUUGAACUACAGUGGGGAGAAUCCCUCAUUUCGAGAGCGAUUGACAUGGGAAGCCUUGAGAUAUGUCAGUGGCCCACGAGCUUCUCCUCGAUGCGUUAGUGGGGAGAACCCGCAAUGUUCAAAGUUUGGGAUGACUCUAAGCACAGACAAAUACAAGGACAGGACUGGGACUCUCUUAUUGGUCGCAACCCUUGUGGCCACUGUAGCUUUUGCUGCGGCUUUCACCAUGCCAGGUGGCUACAAGGAGUCUGGAGGUAUGGCAAAAUUCCUAGAAAAGCCCAUGUUCCUCGUAUUUGUAAUUAGCAACUCCAUAGCUAUGUAUAGUGCCCUUACUGCUGUUGUUACUCUCAUUUGGGCCCAUUUAGAUGAUUUGAACCUUUUCAUUGCUGCCUAUCAGUUCAGUGUGCCAUUUUUGGGACUAGCUAUAACAAUGGUCUCCUUAGCAUUCAUGGCAGAUCGAGGCCUUGAGCUAGUAGCUGAAGAUUCAGCAAGCUCAGGUUGGUUAAACACGCUGAAAUCCUCUUCGGGAAUAGUAGAAACUGGAUCUCAGGCGGUUUCUUCUCGCUCCUCCUCUGACGGAAUAACCUCUUCCUCGGCUUGA